AUGAAUUCUAUAACUAAAAUCUACACUGUUAUGUGUACAUGUUCAUCAUGUACCAAAAAUGCAAUUGGCAGAAUUUUGCAAAAUGCACAGACCUUUAAGUGUCAUAAUAAUGCUGAUAAGUUAUUAGACAUUGGCCCAAAAAAUCGAGUUAAUACAGAAGUUAUCAAAGAAGAGACAGACGUUGAGAUGGUAGAUGUAUCUGAAACAUCGAUUGAUUAUGAAGACAAUUAUUCUAUUGUAUCAGCCGAAACUACCGUACAGAGUGUACCUUUUUUGAGAGAAGACCAGAUUUUUCAAUUCGAAGAGUCUGAUGUUGAGACAACAUCAUUGGCUUCUGACAAUGACGAUCCUGAUUCAAGCGAUGAGUCUGAAGAUGAGAGCAAAGUUGAGGUUGCUGGUGUUGAAGAUUUUGAAGACAUGGUUGCUUCCAAAAUACUUGCCUUUGUAGUUGCUUCUUUGAAAAUUCAUGAAAUGUCUCAAACAAGACAAUUCAUGGCUCUAUUUGGCGUUAUCUUUCAGGCGUUUUACUUGGUUCAAGCAGGUAGAACUGCUAUGUUGAAAUUCUUCUGCCAUCUUCUUGUUGACUUUGAUAAGGAUACCGAUCUCCCACUCACCAUUGAUGUAUUAAAGACUAUGACUGACUUUAAUUUCAUGACAAAAAGCAUCGUCAAAUACACCGUCUGCAACAAGUGCUUUGCAAUUUACCUACCAGGCAAUCGCCAACCAAAUUGCACAUUCGAAAAAUACACAACCACACCACCAACAUACUGCGGAAAUCCUCUUUUCUCUGACACCAAAGCUGAUCGCGCCGUCCCUCUCAUGGUUUUCCCAUACAACUUGCUCAAGAAUGCAUUGGCACAGCAUUUUGCCAAACCUGGGUUCGAGCAUCAAAUCAUGUGGUUCUGCGCAGAAUCUGAUGCAGAGAGAGCUGUUUUGGAGAAGCAGCAUGGCACCCAUUUUUCCGAGUUGCAUUGCCUACACUACUUUGAUCCCUUCCGAUGCACGAUUGUUGAUCCCAUGCACAAUUUGUUUCUUGGGACAGCAAAGCGUAUGAUCAGUGUUUGGAAAGACCUGAGGUAUCUCCCAACUGCUGUUCUCAUCCGUAUGCAACGUCUUGCCGAUAGUAUUCUUGUUCCUCCUGGGUAUGCCAUUUUAUCAACAAAGAUCAAAUCUGGUUUCCCGUAUAUGAAGGCAGACGAGUGGCAAUUGUGGUGUCUGAUUUAUUUGUUGGUGUUGACCAGUCCUUCAGUCACAUAUUCAGAAAUUGACAGUGCACACCAGCUCCUUGGAGAAUUCGGAAAAGAGUGUGAGACUCUUUAUGGAGAGAGCAGCAUCACGCCAAAUAUGCACUUGCAUAUGCACUUGCGUGAGUCAAUGCUUAACUUUGGUCCGGUAUACGCAUUCUGGCUGUAUAGCUUCAAGAGAUACAAUGGCAAGUCAAAGAACAUCAAGACGAACCAUUGCAAUGGUCUUGAGGUUACCUUCAUGAGAGUCUUCCUGGAGAAAGCAUUCAUUGGUAGCUUUCUUCGAGCGUAUUCUACCAAUCUUUUAUCACCACUGAUAGAGUUCCUUGAGGGGGUUGCCCAAGUAAAAUCAAAUUCCGACAGCUCUUCUCCCUUGAAUUUGGAUGCUGGCCACCCUCCUGCGUUGCCAUUUAGCUUAGUAAUGUUCCAGCAAGCUGCUAUCAAUCCAUGGUACAAUGUCACCGGAAGUGAGACCUUGCCCCCGACCACAUUGCCAAUCAAGUUGCAGCCUUUGACUAUGAUGAAGGAUGAUUACUAUCAGUGGUUAUUUGAAUUCUAUGUCAAGGCUUAUCAGAGUACAAGUGUUUCCUUCUGUGUGGUAGGGAGAAUCCCAAUUGGUGAGGAUGUAUUUGUGAACAAUCGGAUUCAAAAGGUGAAGAAGAUUUCGUUGCUGGGGCAAGAGUACUGCAGUGGUGAAAAGAAGAAGCGCGGGUCUUUUGUGAGGGUAUUGUUUCUUGAGAGAACAAAUGACGAUGUAUCUGAAUUCCCUGGUCAAAUAGAGUAUUUAUUUACUCAUACCAUCAAGAUUGGUGGAGUCAAAAGAGUGUCAACGUUUGCAUUCAUUAAAUGGUUUCCCGCCUACCAUUUAAGUAGUCAUCAGCCAUUAGCUGAUCAAGGUCUGCAGUUGUGGGACAAGGGAUUUAUGGAAGAAGAUGCUUCGUGCAUUGUUCCAGUGCAUCGUCUGCAUUCGUGCUUUGUGUUGACUACGCAUAAAAUGCAGAGUGGGACGCAAAAGCACCUGGUUAUUCCACUGCCUAGAAAAGUAGUCACAUAA